AUGGCGCAGGAGAUGCACGAUCCCAAGUCGUUGUACGGCAACACGACUCUCGGGGAGUGCCUCACGCAAGCGAUCGAGGAGCUGAACGAGGAGGGCCGGUUCCCCGGGGGCGACGAGGGGGACCAGCUCGCGGCGGAGAUCUUCGACAAGUUCGGGCUUGCGCUCUACGGCGCCCUCAGUGAGGCGCGCCAGACGUGCAGAAUAGAGGGUCAGCUCGAUCACUUCAACAACUCGAAUGAAACGUGGUCGUUCUUCGUGAAAAACGUCAAAAUCCUGCUUCAGGGCAAAGGCAAGGACAAAGACAACUUGGAGAAGGGGGCGAAGGAAGUCAAGGUGGACCGCAUGGUCAUCGCGACGGCGGAAAUGCCAGAUGUCGUGGGCAGAAAGAAGAAGAGGAAGGUCGUAGCGCAGUAG